UGUACCCUUCAUUCAAACCUCUUAUCAAUCUCAAUAUCCAUCCAUACCCCCACAUUGAAUAACAUAAACUACUGACAAUGGUGGUGGUGUCAAAACCAGCAAUUGAACAGUUCUCUUCUUACCUGAAAAACAACAAACCAACCACAUUGUUCACUCAAAUCCCACUUGUAGACCUCUCAAAACCUGAUUCAAAACACCAAAUAAUCAAAGCUUGUGAAGAGUUUGGGUUCUUCAAGGUGAUCAACCAUGGGGUUCCAAUGGAAUCCAUUUCCGUGUUGGAAUCCGAAGCUACCAAGUUCUUCAGUUUACCACUUUGUGAGAAACAAAAAACAGGACAAACUCAACCUUAUGGCUAUGGUCAUAAAAGGAUUGGUACACAAGGUGAUGUUGGUUGGGUUGAGUAUCUUCUUUUGACUACUAAUCAAGACCCCAGUCUCCAUAGCUUCCAAACUUUGAGGGUGGCUUUGAAUAAUUAUAUGAAAUCAGUAAAGAAAAUGGCGUGUGAGAUACUUGAAAUGAUGGCUGAUGGGUUGAAGAUACAACCCAGGAAUGUGUUGAGCAAGCUGUUGAUGGAUGAAGAGAGUGACUCUGUUUUCAGGGUGAAUCAUUACCCACCAUGCCCUAAUGUUCAACCUUUGAGUGGUAAUGGCAAUGGCAAUGGGGAUGUGAUUGGAUUUGGUGAACACACUGAUCCACAAAUUAUCUCAGUGUUGAGAUCUAACAACACUUCUGGUCUUCAAAUCUCUCUAAGAGAAGGAAGCUGGAUUUCAGUGCCACCUGACCAAACCUCAUUCUUCAUCAAUGUUGGUGACUCCUUACAGGUAAUGACCAAUGGAAGGUUUAAAAGUGUAAAACAUAGGGUAGUGACCAACAGUGUGAAAUCAAGGCUAUCAAUGAUUUAUUUUGGUGGACCACCAUUGAGUGAGAAAAUAGCACCUUUGCCAUCUUUGAUGAGAGGUGAUCAACAAAGCUUAUAUAAAGAAUUUACUUGGUUCGAGUACAAGAAAUCUGCUUAUAAUUCCAGAUUGACAGAUAAUAGGCUCAUUCACUUUGAAAAAAUUGCUGCUUCUUAAUCUCUUUUUUUUUUUUUCACUUUUGAGUAGAUUUUUUUUAUACUUCAAAUAAAAAAUAGGAUUAGGAAAAAGUUUGUAGUAUCAAAAAGGCUUGUGUGAUCUUUAGGUAGCUCUUUUCCUUUGUACUUUUUUUUUUCUUAAUUUUGUUUCAACUCAAUGUAACUAUCCUUCUUGUUAAUAUAGUACAAAUUUUCAUCC